AUGUCGGGGCGGGGCAAGGGCGGCAAGGGUUUGGGGAAGGGCGGAGCGAAGCGCCACCGCAAGGUCCUCCGCGACAACAUCCAGGGUAUCACGAAGCCGGCCAUCCGCCGUCUGGCUCGCCGUGGCGGCGUCAAGCGGAUCAGCGGGCUGAUCUACGAGGAGACGCGCGGGGUGCUGAAGAUCUUCCUCGAGAACGUCAUCCGUGACGCCGUCACCUACACUGAGCACGCUCGCCGCAAGACGGUCACGGCGAUGGACGUGGUCUAUGCCCUCAAGAGGCAGGGGCGCACCCUCUACGGUUUCGGCGGUUGAUGACGUGUCUAGGGUUAGGGGUUUCUGUAAAUUUUUGUUAUAGUUUCCUUAUGAAUGAUGAAAUUCGAUGUAUGGAGAAUGAUUUCCCCUCAAUGAAAUGGUAUUAUCUAAAAA